AUGCCAAAUGCACUUGGUAAAAAUGGUCGAGUUCCGGCUCCCCCCGAUGAACUUAUCAGACCAUUCAUUGAAGAAUUUGUUGCGAAGGGGUAUCAUAAUUCUGAAAUUGUCUCUCAUCUACGCAAGCACUACGAUACCGAUAUGUACAAUGUUUCGAUCGACCUACUGAAAAAGCGGCGAUCUCAAUGGAAGCUGAAGUCUGCACGCGGACAAGCACACACUAUUGCAAGUAUAGGACCUGCUAUUGAGCGAGUGCGGGCACGCUUCCCACAACAAGGUUCACAUGAUAUGAGGCAGACUCUUCUGCAUGAAGAGAAAAUCACUGUUCCAAGGGCAUUGAUACUUAGCUACAUGAAUCUCCAUCAUCCGGAAGAGGUUCUGGCUCGCAAGAGUCGACGACUGAAGAGAAGCAUCUACUGGACAGCCGGUGUUAACGACAUCUGGGUAUUUGAUCAGCAUGAUAAGUGGCGUCGAUUCCAGCUGUUCUUGCAUGUUGCAAUUGAGCCGUUCUCGGGACGUAUACUGUGGUUAAAGAUUUGGUGGACCAACCGUAAUCCUCGCCUUAUUUUUGGAUGGUACUGCAAUACAGUACAAGCUCUCAGUGUUAUGCCCCUAGUCACUCAGAGCGAUCCUGGAAGUGAGAACAAUGGAAUCGCUAAUGGCCACACCUUACUUCGCCACCUGCAAGACCCAGCAUUGGCGCGCACAUUGCAACACAAAUUCAAGGGUCAACAUCGCAACAUCAAGCCUGAGAUUUUUUGGAGCCAGCUGCGACGGCGCUGGACCCCAGGUUUCCAAGAUAUUCUAGAUUAUGGUGUUAGCGAAGGUAUCUAUAAUCCAGAUGAUGCCUUGGAAAGGCUUGUUUUUCAUUACAUCUUCAUCCCAUGGCUCCAGAAUGAGCUUGAUCUCUUUGCGGAGAAGUUCAAUAAUGUCAAACCUCGUCACAACUUGCACAAGGCACUCCCACACGGCCGACCCAAUGACAUUUUCUAUCAUCCUGAAGACUUUGAUUCUCGUGACUUCUCUGUGAAAGUCGAUCAAUCUUCACUUGAUGAAGUGCGACAGACAUAUGCUGUUCCUGACCACCCGGUCUUUCUUUUGGUCCCUCGUGAAUUUUUCGAUCAAGCCUCUAUUUUCAUGGUUGAACUUGGUGCACCGCCGGUAACUCGGGACAAUGUCUGGAACAUAUAUGCAGAUCUCCUUAUGUGUUUCCGAUUGAUUGAAGAGAAUGCGCAGAUUCGCGAGCUUCUUGCUGCGCAACCAUCACUUCCUUGUGAUGGGGAUAAAUUGAUUGGAAGCGAGGACUUACCUGUUAUAGAUUUUCCGCCGUUUGUUGAAGGUAGUGGUCCUCAUGGGGAGAAUAACUCAAACGCUGAUGGGUCAGAUGAUGCGGAAUCUGAUUUCUAUGAGUUCGACUGGACCGACGAGUCUGACAAGUCUUCAUAA